AUGAUUUUGGAGGCGUCAAAUAAGAUUAAUUCUGAGUUUAUUGAAAGUGGCAAUGGUUGGACUGAAUGUGUUUUUGAAACAACAAAUCAAUUUAUAACUAGUGAGGUAUUCAAAAGUCGGAAUGAAUUAGUUAACUGGACUCGUGAAGAAGGAAGAAAGUGUGGAAUAGUAGUUGUAAUUAGGAGGUCUGAUGCUCCAGGGAAUUGUAGGUUAAAAAGAGGGCGAAUAACUUUUGGUUGUGAGAGAGGUGGCUUUUAUCAAAAGAAUAGCAUAGACUCAGAAUGCAUGCAAAAGAAGAAGCUUAAUGCCAGCUUGAAUCCUCAAAAGAAGAAGCGUGAUAGAAGUGGUGGUACAAAGAGGUGUGGUUGCCCAUUUCGCUUGAAGGGCAAAAAUGUUGGUCCUGGGGAUGAGUGGAUCCUUGAGGUUGUAAAUGGGAUGCAUAACCAUCAUGCUGCAAAGUAUCCUGAAGGGCAUUCCUAUCUGGGGCGAUUAACCAAGGAAGAAAAUAAUUUGUUGGUUGAUAUGUCGAAGAACCUGGUAAAUCCAAAAGAAAUAUUAUACACUUUAAAGCAAAAUGACCCACUCAAUUCAAGCACUAUGAAGACAAUCUACAAUGCUCGACAUAUUCAAAGGGUGAUUGAAAAAGCUGGCAUGUCAGAGAUGCAAAUACUUCUAAACAAUUUGCAGAAAUACAAUUAUGUGGAAUGGCAUAGGAGUUACGGCACAGAGAACAUUGUGAGUGACUUGUUCUGGACUCAUCCUGAUAGUGUAAAUCUGCUACGUGCAUUUCCUUAUGUUUUAAUAAUGGAUGCCACAUACAAGACAAAUAAGUUUCGAUAUCCAUUGUUAGAGAUUGUGGGGUUGACAUCUACAGAGUUAACAUUCCAUGCUGCAUUUGUGUACAUCCAUGCUGAGAAAGAAGAAAAUUAUGUAUGGGCUUUAUCUAAAUUGAAGAGUGUGAUGAAUGAAGACUGUCUUCCAAGUGUGAUUGUUACUGACAGAGAGUUAGCACUCAUGAAUGCCAUUCGUCGGGUGUUCCCUGCUGCUCAACAUUUAUUGUGCAGAUGGCAUAUUAAUAGGGCAGUGUUGGGAAAAUGUAAAAAGCUUGUUGAUAACCAAGUGAAGUUUAAAAAGUUGAUGCAGGCAUGGAACACAUUGGUCUUUUCAGAUACGAUACCUGACUAUGAAAGACAUUUACAUGAGUUCGAGAGAGACUACAAAAAAUAUCAUGAAGUACUAACCUAUGUGAAAGGCACUUGGUUGAAUGAAUAUAAGGAAAGAUUUGUUGAAGCAUGGACGAACAAUUAUAAGCAUUUUGGAACAAUGACUUCAAACAGGGCGGAAAGUGCUCAUUCAAAAUUGAAGCGACAUUUGAUGUCUAGUCUGUGCAACUUUGAUACAUCAUGGAAAAAGAUUCACGCCUUACUGGUGUUGCAACACACAGAAGUAAAAGCUUCAUUUGAGAAAAGUCUUAUAUUUAUCCGACAUGACUUCAUGAAGAAUGAGUUUAAGGUAAUAGUGGGUUUUGUAUCACAUGCUGCCCUGGAUUAUAUUUUGGGAGAGUCUGAGAGGAUGGAUGUUAUUGGAACUAAUGAGAAUGCAUGUGGUUGUACUUUGAGAAAAACACAUGGGUUACCAUGUGCACAUGAAAUGGCAAUUUAUAAGGAGAAUGGUAGCCCUAUUCCACUUGAUUGUGUUCAUCGUCAUUGGAGGAAAUUAGAUUUGUUUCAUGCCCCACAAAGUAAUGACCCUAUAGAUAUUCCAUUGAAGUCACUAGAGGAAAGAUUCAUGACCUGGUUACAUAAAAGGGACGAUGACACCAAGAGACAGGUAAAAAGAAAGUUAGAGGAAAUUAUGAAUCCAGGAUGUACCCUGCUUACAGAACCACAAGCGAAGAUCAACACAAAAGGACGUCCAACUAAAGAAGAAGCCUCUACGCGUCGUAUGUUAUCUUCUUUUGAGAUUGCAUUGUCAGGUCAAGAUAGUCAUUCACAAACACCAGGUGUCGGGAGCGUUAUAAUGAAAGCUGCAUUAAAGAGACCCAAUAGGAGACGACCAAAAGAGGCAAAAAGUAAUAUUCAAUCAGCAAAAUUAACUCCUGGAACCGCUAGUACUAGUGAGUCAACCAUGAAGACAAAGAAACGACCAUCAAAAGUGGGAGAACAUAUUGGUCCUUCAUUAAUUCCCACUGGCAAUAUUAUGGGUUUAAGAACACCACCGAGGAAGUUAGAUAAGCGAGCACCAAAAUUGGCACAAGAGACUAGGGUAACUGCAAAAAAAGCUAAGUUGCAGUUGAAUCUACGUCAAGAUGUGAAUCCAUCUGAAUUGACACAGGAGUAUAAUGACUGGUUUCCUAAAGAAAUGUGGCCAUUUUUUUUAGGAGCCAAGGAUGUAAAGGAUGAUGGUAAUUGUGGUUUUAGAGCUAUAGCUGAGUUUAUGGGAUAUGGUGAGAAUAACUGGUGCCGUGUACGCAAGGAGUUGUUGCAAGAGUUUCAUCAAAAUAAGCAUGCAUACCGAUUACUAUUCCGAUAUGCUGAGCGAUUGGAGGAGGUGGAUAGGAGAUUAGAUUAUUUUGAUGACUUUCCGCCUGAAGAACAUUGGUUCUUAAUACCAGAUAUGAGAUACAUUGUCGCAAAUUGUUACAAUGUUGUGCUGAUGCAUUUUGGAUUGCCUUUGAUGUCUUGUUUUACUUUCUUGCCAAUGGACAGUAUCCCACUUCCCAUAGUUGAUCGUCGUGAAAUUUCUAUUGGUUUUGUCAAACGAUGUCACUUUGUCCAGGUUCAUUUGAGGCCAUUGCAUCCUAUGCCACCUGUUAUCAAUUGUUGGUUUAGAUACUCUCUAACUCAUGCAAAUGGAUGGUUAACUCCCUAUAGUGAUCGUCUUCACAAUGGCAGAGAAAUUUUUUGUCUAGAUUAUUCAGACAACGAAAAAAUUUAUCAUCUUGAUAGUGAUUAG